CGCCGACAGGGGUCUUGACGCAGCGAAUCAGCGCGCAGCGGGCGAGGAUUUAAACCAGGAGGCUGCAGCUCCAACCAAACAACCUCCUCAGUCUCCGUAACGAUUCUCCGUGGUCGGUCCAGAGUAACGCACGAUUCGAAAUGGCUCUCCGUGUUACCAGAAACCGUUUGGCUUCUGCCAGGGCGGACCUCGGUGGGAAGGCCUGCUCGGCGGCCGGGCCCACCCUGAAGCCUCGAGCUGCUCUGGGGGAAAUCGGAAACAUCGCAGUGAACAAAGAGAUACAGAAGAAGGCCGUCAAGACAGAGGCAACCAAGAAGACCAAAGUUGUCCCUAAAGUUGUGAAAGUGGUCGCACCAGUGGUUGAAGAACCAAAACCAGCACCAAUUGUGGUUCCAGCAGAGCCUGAGCCCGUGGUGCAGGUUCUCCCUGAACCGGCAUCCCCCACUCCAAUGGAGACCUCAGGCUGCGAACCCGGUGACCUCUGCCAGGCUUUUUCCGACGUCAUGCUUCACACGGCCGUCAGGGACGUGGACGCGGACGACUACGACAACCCCAUGCUCUGCAGUGACUACGUGAAGGACAUCUACAAGUACCUGCGACAGCUCGAGACCGAGCAGAACGUCCGACCCACUUACCUGCAGGGUCGGGAGGUGACCGGCAACAUGCGAGCCAUCCUCAUCGACUGGCUGGUGCAAGUGAGCCUGAAGUUCCGUCUGCUGCAGGAAACCAUGUACAUGACCGUGGGGAUCAUUGACCGCUUUCUUCAGGACCACCCAGUCCCCAAGAAGCAGCUGCAGCUGGUCGGCGUCUCCGCCAUGUUCCUCGCUUCCAAGUACGAGGAGAUGUAUCCCCCGGAGAUCUCGGACUUCGCCUACGUGACGGACAAGGCGUACACCACCCUCCAGAUCAGGGACAUGGAGAUGACCAUCCUGCGGGUGCUCAAGUUCCAGCUCGGCCGCCCCCUUCCCCUGCAGUUCCUCCGACGGGCCUCAAAGAUCUACGAGGUGACUGCUGAGCAGCACACCCUGGCCAAAUACCUCCUGGAGCUCACCAUGGUCGACUACGAGAUGGUUCACUUCCCGCCGUCGCUGUUGGCCAGCGCUGCGUUUGCUCUGACCCUCAGGCUCUUGGAUGCUGGAGACUGGGAUGUGACUUUGCAACACUACAUGGACUACACAGCAGAGAGUUUGCUUCCUGUGAUGGCGCACAUUGCCAAGAAUGUCGUGAAGGUGAAUGACGGGCAGACCAAGCACAUGGCCAUCAAGAGCAAAUACUCCACUUCCAAGCAGAUGAGGAUCGCCUCCCUCGCGCAGCUCAAGUCUUCGGUCGUGAAGGAACUUGCGCAGCAGCUCACGCAGUGAGACGGCUGAAUAUUUCCUUUCUUUUGGGCACCAUGUGCUGAUUUGUACAGUUUGUAACUUAAGACUUUUUUUUUUUUUAAACGUGACUGAAGGAUCAGCACGCCAAGAACCAUGUCGGUGGUUUGCAUGUUCAACCAUCUGAUCUCUACCCUUUGCUGACAGAUUUUUUCCAAAGCAUGCAACAAGUUUAAUAAUUUCAAUCUGAAAUCGAUCCCCACACAUGGCAGUUUACUUGUCAGAUUAUGAAAAUUCAGUGUUUCUGACAUACUGUAUUUUGCACGAGAUUCAGUCGGCCACGAUGACUACUGUAAUGCUUCAAAUUCACCAUUUUCCCCAUGUCUGUUAGAAACAUGGCUCGUUAAAUGCACUACUUAUUGUCGGCCGACUGAAAUCUUGCAUGUGAAGUUUCCCUGAACACUUCUGCACUCAAACUCUUGCCACACUUGUCGACGGCAUCUGAAACUUUAUCUCCCAAUCGAUCAUUUUAAUUCUAUGAAAGUUAUUCUUAUAGCUUUUAUUUGCUGUUAAACUUGUCGCAUGCUUUCAGAAGAGUCGGCCAUGUAAAGGUCCAAAGGCCCUUUUCAGCCUUUUUUAAAUAUUUUCUUAUUGUGUGGCAGUGUUUGUAUAAUGUACAGCAAUACUUUUAAAAAUGAUUUUAUGUUCCUAAAAUGUCUUCUUGAAGCAUCUUAAUAAAUGGUUUUGACCAGA